AUGGCACAAGACUUAUCAAAAAAAUUGAUGCAGACAAUGUUGGAGGCAACAAUACUGACAGGGAAAGCAAGUGGUGAAGAUGUUUCCAUUCUAAAGAUUCCUUUGAUUCCUUCCAAUACACAAAUUGAUUUCAAAAGGCUACAAUUCCCACUGAGAUUAAACUUUGCAAUGAGCAUCAACAAAGCACAGGGUCCGACAUUGGAAGUGGUAGGCUUUAAUCUUGCAGGACCUGCUUUUUCUCACGGACAGCUCUAUGUUGGACGCUCUAGAGUAGGAAAUCUGGAAACUUUAUUCAUCUAUGCACCCAACGGCAAAACCAAAAACAUUGUGUAUCACGAAGCCCUGCAAGACUGA